AUGGACAAGUUCCGGAUGAUCUUCCAGUUCCUACAGUCCAACCAGGAGUCCUUCAUGAACGGCAUCUGUGGCAUCAUGGCUUUGGCCAGCGCCCAGAUGUACUCGGCCUUUGACUUCAACUGCCCCUGCCUGCCAGGCUACAAUGCGGCCUACAGUGCCGGCAUCCUGCUGGCACCUCCCCUGGUGCUCUUCCUGCUCGGCCUGGUCAUGAACAAUAAUGUGUCUAUGCUGGCUGAAGAGUGGAAGCGGCCACUGGGCCACCGGGCCAAGGACCCAGCAGUGCUGCGCUACAUGUUCUGCUCCAUGGCCCAACGUGCCCUCAUCGCGCCUGUCGUCUGGGUAGCCGUCACACUGCUUGACGGCAAGUGCUUCCUCUGUGCCUUCUGCACGGCCGUGCCCGUGGCUACACUGGGCAAUGGCAGCCUGGCACCUGCCUUGGCUCCCCCCGAGCUUGCCCGCCUGCUGGCCCGGGUCCCCUGCCCUGAGAUCUACGAUGGCAACUGGCUGCUGGCCCGCGAAGUGGCUGUGCGUUACCUGCGCUGCAUCUCCCAGGCACUGGGCUGGUCCUUCGUGCUGCUGACCACGCUUCUGGCCUUCGUGGUGCGCUCCGUGCGGCCCUGCUUCACGCAGGCCGCCUUCCUCAAGAGCAAGUACUGGUCCCACUACAUCGACAUUGAGCGCAAGCUGUUCGAUGAGACAUGCACAGAGCAUGCCAAGGCCUUCGCCAAGGUCUGCAUCCAGCAGUUCUUUGAGGCCAUGAACCAGGACCUGGAGCUGAGUCAUGCCCAAGGGGUGCUGGCCACAGCCACUGCUUCCCCGGCUACCACCGACGGUGCCAGGGAGGAGAGGGAAAAGCUGCAUGGCAUCACUGAUCAAGGCACCAUGAACAGGCUGCUCACCACCUGGCACAAAUGCAAACCACCACUGCGGCUGGGCCAGGAGGAGCCAUUGGUGGGUAAUGGCUGGGCCGGGGGAGGGCCCCAGCCCUCGCGCAAGGAGGUGGCCACCUACUUCAGCAAAGUGUGA